GGAAAAGGCUUGGCGCCAGUCUGUGACCUCAUUUUUGUGCGACCCUUAUUUUUUUGGCGUAGAGUUUCUGCGCUGCUCCUGUGAACGAUGCCGAAAGUUGUGUCUCGGUCAGUGGUUUGCUCCGACACCCGGGAUCGGGAGGAGUAUGACGACGGCGAGAAGCCCCUCCACGUCUACUACUGUUUGUGUGGCCAGAUGGUCCUGGUGCUGGACUGUCAGUUAGAGAAAUUGCCCAUGAGGCCCCGGGAUCGCUCCCGCGUGAUCGAUGCUGCCAAACACGCCCACAAGUUUUGUAACACGGAGGACGAGGAGACCAUGUAUCUUCGGAGGCCUGAAGGCAUUGAGCGACAAUACAGGAAGAAGUGUGCAAAGUGUGGACUGCCCCUCUUCUAUCAGUCCCAGCCCAAGAAUGCCCCCGUGACCUUCAUUGUGGAUGGCGCAGUAGUCAAGUUCGGCCAAGGUUUUGGUAAAACGAAUAUCUACACUCAGAAGCAAGAGCCUCCUAAGAAGGUGAUGAUGACCAAACGGACCAAAGACAUGGGCAAGUUCAGCUCCGUUACGGUGUCUACCAUUGAUGAAGAGGAAGAGGAAAUUGAGGCUAGAGAGGUUGCUGACUCGUACGCACAGAAUGCCAAAGUGAUCGAAAAGCAGCUGGAGCGCAAGGGCAUGAGCAAACGGCGACUGCAGGAGCUGGCUGAACUGGAAGCCAAGAAAGCAAAGAUGAAGGGGACCUUGAUUGACAACCAGUUCAAGUGAUCAGGACCUUCCUCUCAGCCCAGACCAGAAGCAGGCAUUUAGACAAGGAGGAAAAAGAACUGUUUCUUGACUCCACAGCCUUGUGGUCACCUUUUAGCCCCAGUGGAAGGCUUUCCAUUACUUCCCAUUGAUUCUUCCUACUUUCGGUGAGGGCUUUGAAUCCAUGUGACCUGCUUUCUAGAGAUGGGUUUUCUAAAUCUUUCUGUAUAUAGGUCUUCUGUACUAUUUUUUGUGCAUUUGAUGUAAACUUCUUCAGCUGUGUGGAAAGUCUGAACACACCAGGGCUUGAGUGUCUCUUGUUUUGAAAGUAGCUCUUCUUAGUCCCUCUUCAAAGCUAAUAAAAUGUUUAUAGACUUUUUUUAAAAAGUACUAUGAUGUAUCACAGAGAAAGUGGCGUGAAUUAUAUUUAAAGUUACAGCAAUUAUGAUUCUUUUAAGUGACUAUUCUUAGACGAGCAGGAAUUGACUAUGGUUUGAACCUCUCUCCUGUCAGAAAGGAAUCUGUGGAAAGCCAGAAUGUCCAUAAAGCUUCCUUUAGCUUCACAUUCAGAGAAACUUCCUUGGUAAUAAACCAAGAAAUGAUCCUGAAAGUAUAGUCUUUCUUCCUUUACUUCAAAUGGUAAAGCUGUAGAUGCAUUAUUCCUUACUGGCCUUUGUACUUAAAGAAGGAACAGCCAGAUUGGGGGCAGGGGCGGGUAGGGUAGCCCAGGUCUAAAUGAAAAUGGGGUCUCAGUAAGCAACCCAAGGUGACCACCAUCCCGUCAGGCAGCUAGGGAGACGCCUGCUUCCAUAUGUGGGUACGGGAGGGAGACCUAGAGUAAGAGCUGAUACUGAGACAAAACAAAAGUAGCUGUUGGCCAGCUCGUAUUUCAUAUUUGCUAUUUGUAGAGGAGUGUUGUCUUUUUAAAUAUUUAGGGGCGCCGGGGUGACUCCGUUGGUUAAGCCUCUGCCGUCGGCUCAGUCACGCUAAUGAGGAUGGAUGGAGCCCUGCAUCGAGCUCCCUGCUCAGUGGGGAGGCUGCCCCUCCCCACCCAGCUCGUGCUCUCUCUAGUUCUGUCUCUCUCAAGUAAAUAAAUCUUUAAAAAAAUAGUUAAUGUCACGCCGUUUCAGUGAUAACAAUAUGGAGCGUUAUAUACGUGUUUUUAUCUGUUCACCUGUGUCAUAAGCUGUUGGGCCGGAUUGCUCAGCAGUCGCCCAAGACGUGUGUAAGGCGCUGCUGGGAAAUAAUAGGACAUUUCUCCUUGCUUUUUCCCCUGCCUUCCUUAUUUGGAAUGCAGAGUAGCUUGGAGUAGGGGGUAGAUGCGAGCUAGCAAGAACUGGGAGAAAGAGGAGCGGCAGGGGGCCGGGGAAAGCCAGGUGGGGCUGUGUUGCCAUCUUCCCGAGUUCUCCUGCAUCCAGUGAGGUCUUUGCAACCGAGUCUUCCUGUCCACCUCAUUUCCUGUCCUCGUUCUGAAAGAUACUUGGACAGCAUGUAGAUGGCCAAUCAAAAUCUCCUCGCAGUUCCUUGACCUCACCUCCAAACAGUGACCUUCACCUUCACGCCUCUGUAGCCAUAAACUCCCAUGACCGUAGCCUGGCAGCCAUGUCCACCACGUCUGAGAUCCAAGAUUCUAGAGAUCCAAACUUCUGCUCUGUGAUCACAGCCUCCUCACAUGGCCACUCUCAUGCUCUCACUUCCACUAAACCUGUUCUUUCUGUUUUCAGAUGUGAAGGAUGGUUAUUUUAUCAGUCCUCAUAGAAAAAACUGCAGGAGUUUACAGAUGAUGAUGAUACUCUUUAAUGGCUGCUCGUUCUGUGUUACGUGCCAUGGAAGGCACUUCGUGGGUAUGACCUAGUCAAAACAAGAUGACGGGCGCCUGGCUGGCUCAGUGUGUUAAAGCCUCUGCCUUCGGCUCAGGUCAUGAUCCCAGGGUCCUGGGAUCGAGUCCCACAUCAGGCUCUCUGCUCAGCAGGGAGCCUGCUUCCCUUCCUCUCUCUCUGCCCACCUUUCUGCCUACUUGUGAUCUCUGCCUGUCAAGUAAAUAAAUCUCAACAAGAUGACAGUCCUUUGAGAUCGGUCUGUUCCCAUUCUCAUCUCACAGACGAGAAUUGAAGACUCUGAGAGUAUAAGUUUCCUAAGAUCCCGUAGCCAGGAAGUGAUAAAGCCAAAAAUCUGACUAUAGAACUAGGCUGAAUUGCUUCUCCUGUGGGAUUUAAAAAAAAAAUCUAUUAUGGAGAACAGAUAACAAUUUCAUUUUGAGAAACCAAGUAAAAGGCGCUGUAAAGACACAUAGAGGACUUCCCUGUAGCAAUGUGUUGUCACCUUUCCACAUAUUUUCUGAAAUAUUUGUCCUUAGAUACUAACCCUAAACCAUUUUAACAGCUGGUUCAAAUUGCACACUUUGCUUCAUCUUUAAGACUGCAAAUCAUGAUGUCAUUAGUACCAAAUAAACAUGUGCUCUUUAGUGUUGGCUGCUUUCAUAUUGAUCUACUUACAAAAGUGAUACACUGUGCUAUCUCUAGUCUCUUUAUUUUCUUGUAGUAUUUUAGCAGCAAAUACAGUGUUUUAAUGUUAGUACUAAGAGCCGUAUUGGAAUUUCGGAGAGUCUUACUCUGUUUUAUUUUGUGUUUGUACUAUCAACUGUAAUAAAAUAGUAAAAUGUAAAA